UUAAAUGUUAUAUAACAAAUAUCACUACAAUAAAUAUGAGUAUUGGUAGCAGUUCACUGUAGCACGAAAUCACGAACUGCUACGAAAACAUGCUAAAUCCGUGGGCAUCUUUUUCGUAGCGUUAUAUCCGCGAUAGGACAAAAAUUCAUUAACUGGGAAAUAAAAAAAGACUAUUAUAGCUGUUAUGUGUUUUGGAGGCAAAACACUUAGCUUUUUUUUUUCUAUUAUUCCGCCAUUAUCUCUCACUUUCGAGCACUCUCGAGCAUGCAAGGGUAGAAAUCCAAAAUCCUAGAUCCGCCAUCCUUCGGUGCUGUCAUCGCCGAUCGGUGUCUCGUCAUCGCCGUUCAGAUUCUAGCUUGUACAAUUACAGGAAGAGAAGGAGGAGACGAGUCAGUUUGGCUUUCAAGUUUGGAGCUUUUGAUUGUUUAUUUCUUUGUGGAGUGAAGUGGACUUGAAAUCUGCAGUAUCUUAUUGAGGUAAUUAAUUCGACCCUAAUAUAAGAAGGAUCUUAUCGAGUUUUGUUUGUGUUAUUGAUUGCCUGCCACUUUUGAAUAUCUGAUUGAUUGAAUAUAUUUGAUUGUUUAUUGGUGCUUCUGUGAUUGACAAUUUCUUUGUUUUGUGUUUGAGAUAUUCUUAUGUGUUUGCUUUGUUUUUGGUUCUGAGUUAGAAACUUAGUUCAUAAAAAUGAUGGAAAAGUCAUGGGUUCAACUUAGCAGGUAAAGUAAAACAAUAUAUACUUAAGGAUUUAUUAGGAGAUUAAGAGAGUUUACGCUUUGCUAUUGUCUUAUGCUUGCAUCUGUCUUAACGAAAGAGCUGAUCCUGAUUAUGAGAGAGGUGCUUGGAAUUUUGUGAGGUCUGUUGGUGCAGCUUUACAAGACUCUGCGAUGAUCAUUUGCCCCUGCACGGACUGUCGCAACGUAGACCGUCACUCAGCCAGUGUUGUUGUUGAUCAUCUUGUAACAAGGAGAAUGGAUUUGAGUUACCAGAUGCGGGAGGAUUGGUAUCAUCAUGGAGAAGUGAUUUCAGGGAUUGACUGUAGAAGCAAUGCAAGUGAGAGGAACAAAGAGAUUUUAGGGUUGUACAAAGCAGCUGCAUUUGUUGAUGAAGAGUUUCUUAGGCAGGGUGACUUAAGUGAUGUUGCUGCUGAUGGUGAAGAUAAGCAAGAAGAUGAGUUUCUUGCAAAGCUAGCCGAUGCAGAAACACCUCUGUAUCCAAGUUGUAUAAGCCACAACAAGCUUUCGGCGAUAGUUUCACUCUUUAGGAUAAAGACACAGAGUGGUUGGUCUGAUAGAAGCUUCGAUCUUCUGCUAGAGACUUUGCCACAGAUGCUACCCAAGGAUAAUGUCUUGCACACAUCUUUGUACGAAGUGAAGAGGUUUAUGAGAUCUUUUGAUAUGGGUUAUGAAAAGAUACACGCUUGUGUGAACGACUGUUGUCUAUUUAGAAAGGAGUUUGAGAACCUAGACUACUGUCCGAAAUACAAUGCUUCACGAUGGAAGAUUAACAAGCGCACAGGUGAUGUGAAGAAAGGAAUUCCACAGAAAGUUCUAAGGUAUUUUCCGCUGAUACCACGUCUCAAGAGGAUGUUCAGGUCAGAGGACAUGGCGAAGGACUUAAGGUGGCAUUUUACUAAUAAGAGCACUGAUGGGAAAAUGCGACAUCCAGUAGUUUCUGUUACUUGGGAUCAAAUGAAUGACAAAUACCCGUCAUUUGCCGGUGAAUCAAGGAAUCUGAGGCUUGGACUUUCCACUUAUGGGUUUAAUCCGUUUGACAUGAGCGUUAACUAUAGUGCUUGGCCUGUUUUGCUGAUGAAUUACAACAUGUCACCCGAUAAGUGUAUGAAGGAGGAGAACAUCAUGUUGUCAUUGUUGAUUCCUGGUCCAACCCAACCUGGAAACAAUAUCGAUGUGUACUUAGAACCACUUAUAGAGGACCUCAACCAUCUUUGGGAGGAAGGAGAGUUAACGUAUGAUGCAUUCAGUCACAAUACUUUCACGUUAAGAGACAUGCUUCUCUGGACCAUUCAGGAUUUUCCAGCAUAUGGAAAUCUUGCAGGCUGUAAAGUAAAGGGGAAAAUGGAUUGUCCUGUGUGUGGGAAAAACACAGAUAGUAUGUGGCUGAGUAAUGGCAGGAAGCAUGUAUGUAUGUGCCAUCGGAAAGGUCUACCUCCCGCACAUGCUUACCGAGGAAAGAAAGCAUGGUUUGAUGGUAAAGCUGAGCAUGGGCGAAAAAGUAGGAUUCUGAGUGGUCAUAAUAUAAACCAAAUACUCAAAAAUUACAAGAAUGACUUUGGAAAAGUGCAAGUAAUUGGAAGGAAGAGGAAGAUUAGUGAGUCUGUUGCAGCAGACACCAAUGCCGAUGAUGAAUCCAGUGAAUCAGAGGAAGAGGACGAACCAGUAGAUGAGGAGGAGCUAUCUAGAUGGAAGAAAAGAUCAAUCUUUUUCAAGUUUCCUUAUUGGGAGGUAUGUUUCAAUCAUUAUUUUAUAACCAUGUUUUUAGAAUUGUUCUGUUUUAGCUUUCGUUGAUCCUCUUAUCUGUGUUUUUUUGUAUAGGAUCUCCCGGGUAGACACAAUUUAGACGUGAUGCACGUUGAAAAAAAUGUUGCUGCAAGCCUUAUCGCCACAUUGUUGCAUUGUGAAAAAUCAAAAGAUGGUCUUAAUUGUCGGAAAGAUCUGGAACUGCUUCGGAUUAGGAAGGAUAUACAUCCUCAACCCCGUGGAAAAAGAACAUACCUUCCUCCAACUCCUUGGUCUUUGUCCAGCAAAGAGAAGAAAAUAUUCUGCAAGCGUCUAGUGGACUUCAGAGGUCCAGAUGGCUACUGCUCAAAUAUAUCAAGGUGUGUGAAGAUAGAAGAAUGUAAGAUAAUUGGCAUGAAAUCACAUGAUUACCAUGUCUUGAUGCAACAGCUUCUUCCGGUUGCGAUUAGAGGUAUCAUCUGAGGGUCUUUUAACUUUGUAUUUGUCCAGCAUUUGAUGUCCUGAAAUUGAUAUACAAUGCUUCUUUCUUUACAGGGUUAUUACCUAAAGGUGUUAGGAUAGCUAUUGGACGGCUGUGUGCAUUCUUCAAUCAUCUCUGUCAGCGUGUCAUUGAUAGAGAGAUAAUUUCAGUAAUGGAAACUGAAAUUGUGGAAACUCUCUGUAUGUUUGAGAGGUUUUUUCCUCCAAGUUUCUUUGAUAUAAUGGUGCAUUUGGUAGUUCAUCUAGGGAGGGAAGCUCGGUUAGGUGGACCAGUCCAUUUCCGUUGGGUGUACCCGUUUGAGAGGUAUAUGAAAGUGCUGAAAGACUUUGUAAGAAACCCUGCAAGACCAGAGGGUUGUAUAGCUGAAGCGUAUCUCGCCGAGGAAUGUAUGAGGUUUUGCAGUCAGUUCUUGAAAAACACAACAAGUGUUGAGGAGAAACUCGAUAGAAAUACUGAUUUCGAGAGCAGCUCUAUUCUGGAGGGUCGUCCAAUAUCCACAGCCACUUGUUCUGUUCUGUCUGAGAAGGAUAAGAACAUUGUACAUUUUGCUGUUAUUCAGAAUAUGGAAAUCAUGGAACCUUA